AUUUAAGUUAUUUUCGAAAAUUGUAUCUACAGGAAUCGCAGUACGCUUCCGAGCUCUGUGUCCACUUGCAAGGGAUCGCUUCUUCCUCAUCUUCACAUCAAAUCAGUGCUAAUGCCAUAUCACCAACUGCUUUGCACGUAGUAAAAGUCGGCGACCUUUGCCUAAAAUCGACCCCUGUCUUCGUCAAUACAACGUGCUUCUACAGCAAGGCUCACUUUUGAGCUCGUGGGUUUCCUAACGCGAUAUACACAUUUACGACCUGCAUCGAAGGACUGAACCGCAGUAUACAACUACAAUUCAUUUUGCGCAUUGAACUCACGGCAGUGUGAAAACUCCAGCAGUAAUGUCGUUAUCUUGGCCAGAACGGAGUCGGCAAGAGCGCAGGUUCCUUCGGGACUGUUGUCCCAACUAUUGGGGUUUCGCAAUCUAUCGGACGGUUUACACUCCAGAGUCUGAUUUGUUGUGGGAAGGCACGAUUGCAAAGUUGGAUGAAUAUGUGAUCAAUUCUAUCUGGAGGUACAUGGGGGUUACGAACCUGGAAGUGGAGGAGGGAGAGGACCAGCUCGAUCCUACACCAACUCGCGAAGUCUGCGCGCGAUACCGGAACCUUAUCAUGAGCGACAGGGAGAAGUAUGAUGGAGCGUCGAUCGAUGAGGUUGCAGACCACUUCACCGACUGGGCUGAUGAUCCCAACAAUGAUAAGAGUAGCAACAUCAACAUGAACGUUUGUCUUCUAAUUGACGAGGAGGAUCUAUACUGGCUAAGAGAUGCACCACCAGCGACGACGGAAGUUAGAACAACGGGAAACGCCGAUCAGAAUGUGUGUAUUAAGGUCAUCGAUACUCUUUUUGACCCUGAAGACAUGAGCGAAUGCGACCCUAGAUACAGAGGCUGGGCGUUAGCAAGGCUAAACAGGCUCUGGGAUCUUUACUCUCGUGUGUAUUCUGGAGAUUGUCCUUUAAGCGUACAGAUUUUCAAUGCUCGGAGCAAAUUCGAGGGGGGGGUCUGGUGGUGGAUAUAGUACGAUUAUAUGAC